AUUUCAUGGCGGGUGUGUGUUUGACCGAAGACGACACACUCCAGCCAUUUUAUAGCUUACGCCACUGUGUGAUGUCUAGCAGCACUUGCUGUGCUACAUGAACCGCAUUCCCAGCAAGAGCAUCAGCCACAGCGACAAGGUAUUGUUCCUGCUGUCACACACCCCAGGUACUGCACACAGAAAACGAGUGGCUGCCAAGCACGUGCCAAAUCCGCCGCAGUUGUAUUUGGCUACUGGUUGUCACUUAGUUGAUCUGCACUAUACAUACAGAACAGGCAAGUCAACAGCCAGUGACAUAGUGAGGAAAGUGUGCUGUGCGAUUUGGGGCUGCCUGCGUGACAAGUGUCUGCUUCAGCCGACAGAGGAGGAGUGGAAGAAUAUUGCUGAUGGAUUCCAAAUCCGUGCAAAUUUCCCAAAUUGCAUAGGGGCAAUCGAUGCAGUGGCAGACUAAGAUUAUAGAUUCAUUUUUGUUGGCAUUGGCUCGUUUGGAAAAGAUUCAGACAGCACAAUUUUUGAAAAAUCUACCCUGUGGAAACGUCUGACCGGAAAUACAUUGUGUAUACCAGAGCCCUCUGGCUAACCAAAUGCCACUGGGAUAGUUACACCGUAUGUGUUUGUUGGUGACGAAGCAUUUGGACUCUCAGAACACGUACUACGACCAUAUGGUCGUAAAAUGUUGACACGCGAGAAGAGAAUUUUCAACUACCGUUUGUCACGGGCUCGUAGGUACGUUGAAUGUUCCUUCGGCAUAUUGUCGAACAAAUGGCGCGUGUUCCAGCGAGCCAUGAAUGUGAAAUUGGAUUUUGCUGUUGACAUAACAAAAGCAUGUUGUGUUCUGCAUAAUUAUGUGCGCGAGAGAGAUGGGCACCAAAUUGAAGACACAUUUAUUGUGAAUGGAUUUGAGACUGUAACAAACUUGGAUGAAAGAAGAAGUGUGUCAGCAAUAAGAAACAGAGUGUAAUGGCAAAUUAUUUUGUAAGUGAGGCUGGUGAAGUGCCUUGGCAGAACAGCAAACUCUGAGGUGUUACA